AUGAGUACAAAGAUUUUUUUUUGCAAGUCAAAGGUGUUUAUACAUCCUUCGAAAAGUGCUGCUGAUAAUGUGUCAGGGUUUCUUAUUGUCACUAAUGAAGUAGGACUGACUAAAGCUGAAUCGGUGUUGACUUGGGUUCCUGAGGAUGGAUUGUCUAGCUCUCAGCUUGCAUGGUUAGAGAAAACAGAAAUGAGUUUGCUCGAUUCCAAGGCCACAAAUAAUAGUUUGGCAAUGAACUCAAGUAUACUGUCAACUGCGGUAGGUGUAUCUUGGUCUUUUUCAGUGAAACUAAACUCUUUAUAUUCCAUCCAAUUUAGAACACCAAGCCCAAGUGGCUGGUGGUACGGUUCUGUUAUUAUGCAUUCGAGAUCUCCUCAGGAAGACGACGCUCUACCAAUCAUAUUCUUUCAUGAUGAUUUGUGUACUAGCACCAUAGCGAAGAAGAAAAACCUUAACGAAUCAUUCGAUCCUUUUGAUUCUUCAGGUGAUAUAUAUUGGGGUGCCGUGGACUUCAAAAAUGUAGUCGCUGAUUGUGUCGAUCUGCAACGGACUGUCGUGGAUUCGACAAUAUGGUUAGUAAAUGCAACCCUUGAUGAUCUCAGAAAUUUCUCCCCACAGGACGAUUACGAUGCUGACAUCAAGAAGGAUCCAAAGGUCCCGUCGAAGUCCCUAUGGGAAUCCUGGGAAGCUGCUAAAUGGGGAGUUAUGGCUAAGAUCGCAGAUGCAACUUCAAAAACAGGCACAUUUAUGACUAGUAUGAUAAGAAAACAUCCUCUAGUAAAACUAGCUGAACGAAAUGCUGAUAACCCAUACGUGAAAAAACUAUUAGAGAAUCCUAGGGUUCAGGAAAUCCAGGAUGAUUUCGAUUCAGCAAGAGUUUAUCUUGCUAAAUGGGCCUUAGGUGUCAAAGAACAGUCCGAUCGCUACAAUUUUAACUACGAAUCACAGACAACUUACAGGCAAUUGAUUAGAAAUGAUCUUGGAAUGAGUGAUAAAUCCGAUAUCCAAUUCACCGAGUUGGAACUAAGCAAAGCACUAGAAAGGAACCACCCUCUAACAAGACAGAAAUGGGAAUCGUUUUUCGACGCUCAAGGAAGAAUGAACAUCACUGUUAAUGAAAUGAAAGAUUAUAUUUUUCAUGGUGGUGUGGAAUCCAUGGAAUUGAGAAAAGAGGUUUGGCUAUAUCUUUUUGGCGUAUACCCUUGGGAUUCUUCAACUGAUGAGAAAAUACAGCUGGAGCAAACUUUACGAGAUAUUUAUAUCAAUGAGUAUAAAUCAAAGUGGAUGAAUAGAACAGAAGACCCUGACCCAGACGAAGAAGAAUAUUGGCGGGACCAAAUUUUUAGAAUUGAAAAAGAUGUCAAGAGAAAUGAUCGUCAUAUCGAUCUUUAUAAACAUGAUACAGAAGAUGGCUUACCACCUCCAGAUGAUAAUGAAGAGCAAGAUGACAAAGAUAAUGAAGAAUCUGAAACAUGGUCAAAACACGAAAUAAAGAAUCCACAUCUAAUUAAAAUGAAGAAUAUAUUAAUAAGUUACAAUACAAUGAACCCUAACUUAGGUUAUGUACAAGGUAUGACAGAUUUAUUAUCUCCUAUUUAUUAUAUUAUCAGAGAUGAAGCUUUAUCAUUCUGGUGUUUUGUGAACUUUAUGGAACGGAUGGAAAGAAAUUUUAUGAGGGACCAAUCUGGAAUUAGAGAUCAAAUGUUGACAUUAUCAAGUUUAUGUCAAAUAAUGUUGCCACAAUUAAGCUCGCAUUUAAGCAAAUGUGAUUCUUCUAAUUUAUUUUUUUGCUUUAGAAUGAUUCUGGUGUGGUUCAAACGUGAAUUCGAAUUCAAUGAUGUAUGCUCCAUAUGGGAGAUUUUUUUAACAGAUUACUAUUCUUCACAAUUUCAAUUAUUUUUUAUGCUGGCUAUACUUCAAAAGAAUAGUAACGCGGUAAUACAAAAUCUUUCACAGUUUGAUCAAAUCUUAAAAUAUUUUAAUGAUAUUGGGGGGAAAAUGGACUGGAACGAUUUGAUGACAAGAAGUGAACUUCUAUUUAUAAGAUUUAAAAAAAUGAUGGAUUUGAUGGAACGCCAAAAGGAAAAACUUGUAGAUGAUCCUAAAGAUGAUAACUCGGAUACAAACAGUGAAUUACCUGUUUCUGAUAUAUAUCUUCAACUUCUUCUAUCCAAAAAGGUAAUUAUUGAAAGGGAAGGUGAGAGAACUAAAGAUUCUAUAAAAUAA